CGCUUGGCAGCGACAAGAGAAGACGCAUGAUCGCGACCUUCGAGAGCACCGUGCUCGCGCAGCCCGAGAUUGCGGGCGUUGUCUUUAGCUACCAGUUUGGCGUGUACGAAGACGUGCGCCCGGCUUUUGCCGCCUGUCGCGAGCUCACACAGCACGACGGACCCACGUACUAUUGCGACGCGUCCUUCCGCGGGACGUUCGCUCCCAGUACGGCGUGGGCCAAUGGCAAGCACGAUGAUAUCAAGGCCGCCGACUACGCUCUGGACGACGACGCAUGCGACGCGCGCCUGCCGCUGCACGUAGCGAUCGUCCAUGGCUUUGCGCACGUGGCCACGCGCAUCAUACGGUGCCGGCCCGACCUCGCGUCGGACGAUGUAUUCUUCUUGGCCUUUUGCAACGAUCACAUCGAGAUUGCCGAGCUUCUCUUAGACCAGCGACCGAGGAUCGCGGAGCUGCGUCGACGCGUCCACCCUGCUGCGGAUGGCUCGGUGUCGCCCGCCUCGCCCUUGGUAGCUAAAGCAGUGGCGACCAUGCUCGUCAGAGACGGCGCAAAGGGCCUCGCCUUGCUCGAGCGUUUUGGCCUGCGGCCCGACGACCUUCCCCAACGCGAUGACAAGCGGGACGCGCUCGUGGGGUCGACGCUGGAGAAUGCCACCAUCGCGCUCGACCUUUUCCCGUGGCUUUACUACCCAGGUCUCUUGGAAUCUUUUGCGGCUCGCGGCUUCUUGCCUCUGGUACAGUCGCUCCACCAACGCGGUGCCGCGUGCACGGUCGACGCCAUGCGCUUUGCCGUCGUCGAAGGCCAUCUCGACGUCGUCAAGUUUGUUGCUAACAUCCUCCCAGAGGACCGCACGACCGAGGUGCUUGAUGACGCCAUCUUGGGUGGCCACCUUGAUGUCGUUCGCUUCCUCUUCGAGCACCAAGCUGGAAGCGCUUUGCCGUACCAUCUGGAUAUGGCGGUCGUCAGCAACGGCCGCCUCGACGUCAUCCAGUACCUUCAUGGCCUUGGCACGUUUGAUUGCACCGCUCACACCGUCGAUGCCGCCGUAAGCCAUGGCAAUCUUCCGGUGGUCCAGUUUCUCCUAGCCAACCGAUGCGAAGGCUGCACGCGCGACGACGUCGUUCAGGCAGCGCUGCAGAACGGGCAUUUGGACAUGGCCGAGUACCUCCUCUCGCUCGGCUACCCGUUCCCGACCUCAACGACAUUGGUGGACGAAGGUUGCUUUGGCAAGCUCGAAAUGCUUGGCGUCCUGAAGCUCCUUGUCGACCAUGGCGCCCCCUGGAACGACGACUGGAUGGUUCACGCGUGCACUGCGAACAACGUACCGCUCGUCAAGCUUCUUCACCCGCGCAUGUCCACGUGCUCUCGCAUUGACGUGCUCCUUCUUGCAAUGGAGGCACACGCGUGGGACGUCGCGCACUACCUCUUGGCCAACUGUCUCGAAGACCUCUCGAUCGAGGCGCUGGAGGCAGCCUUGCGCUUUGGGCGAAUUGAUGUCGCCUCUGUCAUCUUGGAGCGACAGCCAGAGCUUCGUCACCACAACGAGCUGCUUCAGUCGGCAGUGGAGAGCCGCAACACGGAGGUGACGCGCUACCUCCUUGCAGCCAGCAUUGGCCGACCUCGCGACUGCCUCCUCGAGAUUGCGGGUCGGCCAGCACACGUGACGGACAGCAAACUCUUACUGCCGUUCUGCAUGGACGCUGUCGACCAUCUCGACAACGUCCUCUACCUCUUGCAGCUCGUCGAGUUGCCCGACCGCCGCCGUGCGACGAUGCUCCAGCUUAUCACGGCCGAGCUGACGUUCCAAGGCAAAAAAGCCAACCAAACGAUCCCGCUUGCACCAAGCGUGGCGGUGCGGGCCACGGCGCUACUGGAGGCUGGCGACGUUGUCGACUGGGCACAGGCCCUCGUCAUUAGCCACCAUUGCCAUCAUGGAGCGAUCGCAUUGGUCCGCGACGCCGAGCUCCAGGCGCAGCUCACGCACCUGCUGCUCUCCAAGAAGCGCAAGCGCUCGACGUCUACUUCCGACGAAAGCACGGCGACGUUGCAACCUUGAUCCGUGUGUUGAUUCACAUUCUAGUGUUAGUGCCCCAUCAAUGUUGUCAAUUUCAUAUUAAUACAUCCACUGAUUAGUCU